AUUUGGAUGCUCGCGCAUUGCCCGGCUAUCGCGCAUUGCCCAGGUACCCAGCCGCGCCAGAUCGAUCGCCACGCUGCAGGUAGCUCAGGAAUCUACCGAGGAUGAGGGGGACGAUCUUGCCGCUUGCUCCAAUGCGGGCGUCUGGAGCUACAGGGAUUUCGCGCAGAUGCUCCACUCUUCCUCCUCUUCCAGUCAUUCGAUCGAGGCGGCGGUGGGCAGGCUACGCCGGGAAAUCUCCACUGACGCCGUGGUGAAGAUCUUCCAGUGCCUCAAGGACGCCGAUCUCGCCUGGGAGCUCUUCCAGUGCCUCUCCUCCCCUCGAUUCGGCUUCCAGCACAGCGUCCACACGGGGAACGCGCUCCUGGAUGUGUUUGCCAGAACCAAGCGCCACAGGGAGGCCGGGAAUCUCCUCAAGAACGAGCUCGCGACGACAUUUCUGCCGGAUGUGGAGACCUGGAACGUCCUCAUCACCGGCUACUGCCUGGCUCGCGAGCCCGAGGAGGCAUUCGCGGUUAUUAGGGAGAUGGAGGAGGAUUACGGCGUGGCGCCGUCGCUCAAGACCCACAAUCUCGUCCUCCACGGCCUGUGCAAGUCGGGCAAGGUCCUCGCGGCGAUGGAUCACUUCGAGACGGUGAGGAGAUCCAUGCCGGUGAGUGCUGCGACGUUCUCGAUCCUCAUCAAUGGCCUCGUCAAGGCAGGUAUGAUGAUCCAGGCUCACUCCCUCGCCCAGGAGACCACGACCAAUGGCUGCACGAUCGACAUCCACACGUACACCGCCAUUGUGGAUUGGCUCGCCAAGAACAAGAAGAUCCAAGAUGCCGUGGCUCUGAUGGAGAAGAUCACUGCCAAUGGGUGUACUCCCACCAUCGCCACCUACAACGCUCUCCUCAAUGGUCUUUGCAAGAUGGGACGGCUCGAAGAAGCCAUCGAUCUCCUUCGCAAGAUCGUCGACAAUGGCUGCACACCGGACGUGGUCACUUACACCUCGCUCAUUGAUGGCCUCGGCAAGGAGAAGCGAUCCUUCGAAGCUUACAAGCUUUUCAAGGAGAUGGCUUUGCGGGGACUGGUUCUUGACACCGUCUGCUACACUGCUCUCAUCCGGGGACUCCUCCAGGCCGGGAAAAUCCCGCAAGCUUCCUCGGUCUACAAGACAAUGACGUCCCAAGGCUGCGUUCCAGACGUGGUAACACUCAGCACCAUGAUCGACGGCCUCUGCAAGGCUGGGAGGAUUGGAGCGGCAGUCCGGAUCUUCAAGUCGAUGGAAGCUCGAGGCCUGGCUCCAAACGAGGUGGUGUACAGCGCUCUCAUCCACGGCCUGUGCAAGGCCAGGAAGAUGGACUGUGCGCUGGAGAUGCUGGCCCAGAUGAAGAAGGCGUUUUGUACCCCGGACACCAUCACUUACAACAUCCUCAUCGACGGGCUUUGCAAGAGUGGCGACGUUGAGGCAGCACGGGCCUUCUUCGACGAAAUGCUCGAGGCCGGAUGCAAGCCCGACGUUUACACGUACAACAUUCUCGUAUCGGGGUUCUGCAAGGCCGGGAACACCGACGCUGCCUGUGGAGUCUUCGACGACAUGAGCUCUAGCCACUGCUCGCCAAACGUUGUCACCUACGGGACUCUCAUCUCCGGCCUCUGCAAGCGCCGCCAGCUGACCAAGGCCUCUUUAUACUUCCAGCACAUGAAGGAGAGAGGCUGCCCUCCGGACAGCUUCGUCUACAGCAGCUUGGUGGACGGGCUCUGCAAGUCGGGGAAGCUCGAAGGUGGCUGCAUGCUCUUUGACGAGAUGGAGAGGAGCGGUGUUGCAAACAGCCAGACGCGGACCAGGCUGAUCUUCCAUCUCUGCAAAGCGAACCGGGUCGACGAGGCCGUGUCGCUUUUCAACGCCAUCAGGAAGGAAGGAAUGCCGCACCCUUACGCCUACAACUCGAUAAUCAGCACGCUCAUCAAGUCGGCAAAGGUGAACCCGUGUCUAUGUCACGGCGAUGUACACCAACGCAAUUACAAGCAGGGAUUUGGGAAGCUGUCGCAGUAUCGUAACAAAUAUAGCACACGAAAGCACGAUUCCCUUGAGUAUGAGACAAUGCAAGCAAAGAACAAUAUGGCGGCAAGAUUUGGAUGCUCGCGCAUUGCCCGGCUAUCGCGCAUUGCACAGGUACCCAGCCGCGCCAGAUCGAUCGCCACGCAGCCGGUAGCUCAGGAAUCCACCGAGGAUGAGGCGGACGAUCUUGCCGCUUCCUCCAAUGCGGGCGUCUGGAGCUACAGGGAUUUCGCGCAGAUGCUCCACUCUUCCUCCUCCUCUUCCAGGCAUUCGAUCGAGGCGGCGCUGGGCAGGCUACGCCGGGAAAUCUCCACUGACGCCGUGGUGAAGAUCUUCCAGUGCCUCAAGGACGCCGAUCUCGCCUGGGAGCUCUUCCAGUGCCUCUCCUCCCCUCGAUUCGGCUUCCAGCACAGCGUCCACACGGGGAACGCGCUCCUGGAUGUGUUUGCCAGGACCAAGCGCCACAGGGAGGCCGGGAAUCUCCUCAAGAACGAGCUCGCGACGAUAUUUCGGCCGGAUGUGGAGACCUGGAACGUCCUCGUCACCGGCUACUGCCUGGCUCGCGACGAGGAGGCAUUCGCGGUGAUGAAGGAGAUGGAGGAGGAUUACGGCGUGGCGCCGUCGCUCAAGACCCACAAUCUCGUCCUCCACGGCCUGUGCAAGUCGGGCAAGGUCCUCGCAGCAAUGGAUCACUUCGAUCACAGUGAGGAGAUCCAUGCCGGUGAGCGCUGCGACGUUCUCGAUCCUCAUCAAUGGCCUCGUCAAGGCAGGUAUGAUGAUCCAAGCUCACUCCCUCGCCCAGGAGACCACAACCAAUGGCUGCACGAUCGACAUCCACACCUACACCGCCAUUGUGGAUUGGCUCGCCAAGAACAAGAAGAUCCAAGAGGCCGUGGCUCUGAUGCAGAAGAUCACUGCCAAUGGGUGUACUCCCACCAUUGCCACCUACAACGCUCUCCUCAAUGGUCUUUGCAAGAUGGACGGCUCGAAGAAGCCAUCGAUCUCCUUCGCAAGAACGUCGACAAUGGCUGCACGCCGGUCACUUACACCUCGCUCAUCGAUGGCCUCGGCAAGGAGAAGCGAUCCUUCGAAGCUUACAAGCUUUUCAAAGAGAUGGCUUCGCGGGGACUGGCUCUCGACACCGUCUGCUAUACUGCUCUCAUCCGGGGACUCCUCCAGACCGGGAAAAUCCCGCAAGCUUCCUCGGUCUACAAGACGAUGACGUCCCAAGGCUGCGUUCCCGACGUGGUAACUCUCAGCACCAUGAUCGACGGCCUCUCCAAGGCCGGGAGGAUUAAAGCGGCAGUCCGGAUCUUCAAGUCGAUGGAAGGUCGAGGCCUGGCUCCAAACGAGGUGGUGGACAGCGCUCUCAUCCACGGCCUGUGCAAGGCGAGGAAGAGCUUCUUUGGGAGCUCAAGUGUAAUCAACUUGCGUCUUCAAGGUUUGUGUCAAGGCAUUCGCAUCCCAAGGAAACGCCAGGUUCCGUUGCGUCUCCUAAAUCUAGCAAAGAAACUGACUUUCCACAUUCCAGACAAGUAUUUGUACGGUCCGUUUAUUAAGCUUCCUAGAGACUGCCAAGAGAUUGCUGUACUACUUCAGCGGCUUCCAACCUUUCUUUCUCAAAGCACUGUUAGCUUGCUGUCUGUCCUAUUCCAGAUUGGAGAUAUCGACGUAGUUAUGCAUUUGUUGGCCAAGCCAAUGUCCGAACAUCUGGCUAAAGACCAAAUGGUGAUAGUUAUUGUUUGGAAUGCGGUGGACUUAGUUUUCAAGAACAGGAGGUUUGCACAAUCCUUGAUGAAGGAAUUAGCUCUGAAUCUAUCAGGUUCGUUUGUUAUGUUCUUCUCUCUUACGGCUGAGUGUCUAUUGUCUUCAGGUGGCAAAGAUCAAGUUUAUGCUGUGGGAGUUUUGACGAACGAAAUAUGCAAGCAAAAAGCGAUCCAGAAGCACCUCGAGUUUUCAGAUGUUCGUGAGAUAUUUCGAGCAGUAAAGUUUUUUUCUUCACCACUGAUGGUGAAGCUCUUUUCGUUCAAGCCGCCGUCAUCCUCGGCAUCCCAGCGAGGAUCAAGAUUAAACGCCUCGGUGAAAGAAGCCGUCCGAAUUGCCUCUACUUCUUUACUCACCUGGAUCUUCUCCUCGUGCCUGUGUAACAUGCUGAUUGAAGCCGCUGCUCGCGACUGCUUCUCAAGGACAGCAUCCAUGCCAGUGAGCGUUGCGACGUUCUCCAUCCUCAUCAAUGGCCUCGUCAAGGCAGGUAUGAUGAUCAAAGCUCACUCCCUCGCCCAGGAGACCACGACCAAUGGCUGCACGAUCGACAUCCACACCUAUACCGCCAUUGUGGACUGACUCGCCAAGAACAAGAAGAUCCAAGAGGCCGUGGCUUUGAUGGAGAAGAUCACUGCCAAUGGGUGUACUCCCACCAUCGCCACCUACAACGCUCUCCUCAAUGGUCUUUGCAAGAUGGGACGGCUCAAAGAAGCCAUCGAUCUCCUUCGCAAGAUCGUCGACAAUGGCUGAACGCCGGACGUGGUCACUUACACCUCACUCAUGGAUGGCCUCGGCAAGGAGAAGCGAUCCUUCGAAGCUUACAAGCUUUUCAAAGAGAUGGCUUCGCGGGGACUGGCUCUCGACACCGUCUGCUACACUGCUCUCAUCGGGGGACUCCUCCAGGCCGGGAUAAUCCCGCAAGCUUCCUCGGUCUACAAGACGAUGACGUCCCAAGGCUGCGUUCCCGACGUGGUAACUCUCAGCACCAUGAUCGACGGCCUCUCCAAGGCCGGGAGGAUUGGAGCGGCAGUCCGGAUCUUCAAGUCGAUGGAAGCUCGAGGCCCUUCUUCAAACGAGGUGGUGUACAGCGCUCUCAUCCACGGCCUGUGCAAGGCCAGGAAGAGCUUCUUUGGGAGCUCAAGUGUAAUCAACUUGCAUCUUCAAAGGUUUGUGUCAAGAGGCCAUUCGCAUCGUAAUGUUUCUCUUUCUUUUUUGCAGAUUGUCCUAGAGAUGCUACUCCGCCUUGGAAAGUUUGCAGUAGCAACAGAUUUUGGAAUGCCUCAAUCGGCAAUGAUACCGUUUUUCUGCUCUGUGUUACCAGCCAAGGAAACGCCAGCUCCGGACAUGGAUCUGCAAACUUUGGUCCGCUUGUUAGAAGUGGUUCGAGUAUCCUUUGUUCAAGGGCGGGUUGAAGUUGCAAACUUUUUCAGUUUCCUUCUUACGCUGGUGGUGGAUCAAACACAGUCGGCUCGGCCUUCCCCAAUGUUUUUAGCUAGUUCACUAAAAGUUCUGGCUACUCUGAGCAACGAUGUGGAACAUGUGGAGGUCCCUGAGUUGCUAUUGAGCGUUCUCGUGGCGCAAACCGCGAGCUUUACGGUUUCAAGACUUCUGGUGGCAAAGAUCAAGUUUAUGCUGUGGGAGUUUUGA